GUCAGAGCCGGUCAGACGAAUCUUUCGGAGCGUCGGUGAUUGUAUUUUGGUAACCAUGUGAACGUAAGAUUUUAUUAUACAAGUCGAUGCCGUUAUUAUUUUAAAGUAUUUUUCUACCAUUAUGUGCGUGAAUCAUCUAAAAAAUACGUACGAAAGUAAGAAAUUCUGAUGUUGUAUAGGUGAAAGGAAGUUUUUUUUAGUGUCAAAGCUAAGCCUAACGGAUCUUAUUAGCUAAGAUGGCGUCCACUUUGAGUGAUGAGGAAUUGAGAGAGAAACUCGAAGAGUUAGGAGAGAAGGUAGGUCCUAUAACACACACGACAAGAAAAGUUUACGAAAUGAAAUUCGACAAAGCUAUGCAACAACGUAAAACGAAACGUCGUAGCUCGAAUAAGUUAGAAUUGAGCCGUUUCAGUUCGGACGAGAACGAAAUGGAUGGGAAAGGUUCGAAAACAUCCACAUCAUCUACGUCAUCACGACGUCACAUUCGUCCAAGACGAAGCAUUGUUUCUGGUCGAUCUCAAUCAACAAAUGAUCAAGUUGAUUCUAAUGCCUUUAAAAUACCCGAUAUUCCUACGUCAAGAACGUUAACUAAUAGUAAUCGGUCUCCUAGUCCUUCGACUUAUCUAUCUUCUGAUCUCACCAGGACUAGUGUUCGAAGCUCUCGAAGAUUGCGUCGACAGAAAUUAAAUAAUUUUGAUAUAGAUUCAUCGGAUUCGGAUAUCGAUUUGGAUCAUCAUAAUCGUUUUAAAAAGAAACAUGUACAAUCGGAACGUACUAAUUUGGAAAAUAAUAUAGAUUCAUCUUCACAUUACAAUUGGGAUAAUUCAUUUUAUAAAACUGAAAAAUUUGAUAAUAACGACAAAACCGAAGCACAGGUUUCGACUGGUUUAAAUCAUCUUUCUACAAAAGCCAAUGGAUAUACUAGUGAUGACAGCACACUUAGGAAGGUAUUUAAGGUAGAAGAUGAUACUGUAUCAAAUACCAACUAUUCUCAGUGUAUUUCAAUGUUCCUUGUGAUUGUGACAACUUUAUUUUUUGUUGUGGUUGGAAUAUUAUAUGUCGGAGUAAAACAGAAAGAGCUUCCAUUAGGUGAAAUAGAUCCUAUUAAACCAUUUGAAGGAGAUAACAACAGUAAUCAGAAUUCAGUUGAUAUUCGAAAUAUUGCAAUUCUAUUGUACAAUUUACUAUCACAUAUUGCAGGUGCAUAUGAGUGCAAUGAAAAUCAAGCAUCUCGAUCUUUAUCCUAUAAAGAUGCAAAAGUUGCAUUAAUUGAAAUGUGUGAUACACAGCAAAGAGAAACAUUUGAAGAAAAUUUUAGUAAAGCAUUAGAUUUGAUAAUGAAGAAUAAAGACUGGGGAAUUACCAUUUAUAAUGAACAUGGAAAAAUUGCUGAAAAUUUGAAACAAGUUCAUUCUUUAGAAGCUGUGAUAGCAACAAAAUCUCUAUGGUGCAGAUUUUGGCAAGCUUUUUUACAAACAUCUUUCAAAUUAUUAUGUUUUGCAUUGAUCCUCAUAGUAAUUGUUGGAAUAUUUUUUACCAUGAAAUUAUAUAAGAAAAAGAAAGCUUUAGAACAAAAGAAAGUAUUCUCAUUGGUUGAAGACAUAAUAGAUUUAUUGAAGAAACAAAAUGAAAAAUGCAAAGCAAGUUCAGACAUGGAACCAGUGUUAGCUAUUGCUCAUGUACGAGAUAUGCUUAUACCACCAGCUGAAAGAAAAUCUUAUUUACAAUUAUGGGAAAAAGCCGUUAAAUUUUNAUUUUCAAAUAUUUAUUGCUAUAUCAUUUUAUUAAAUAGAGAAUAUGAAGAUGAUUGGCAGUUAUAUAUUAAAGAUGCCAUAUUAGAGAAGUGUGAAAACAAUAACAGUAUUGUUCAUAUACAAGUAGAUACAUCAUCUAAUGAGGGUUGUGUCUACUUAAAGUGUUUAUCUCCCGAAUCAGCCGGUCAAGCGUAUCGUGCCCUACAUGGAUGGUGGUUCAAUAGAAGAUUGGUUACUGUUAAAUAUCUUCGCCUUGAACGAUAUCAUGAAAGGUUUCCCGAAUCUGAAUUCACUACCACACCUUUGAAACCUUCCAAUAACAUGCGCCUAUCUCUGUCGGCACCAUUUCAUUCAUCACCUUUAGAAAGUUCGUGAAACUUAAAACUGCCAGCAAUUGCAAUAAUUGACUUGUUUUAUAGACUGGCAUACAAAAUUAUUCCUGUGAUUUGGGGACCGGGAACGGCAGGAAAUAUGGUGAAGUAUAUCGAAUCAGCUCGAUUACUGAGAAUCACUUGGAGCGUAUAACAUUAUGCUUUGCAUGAUAUCACUUUUGUCUAAAGUCAUAUGUGGAAUCAAAGUUACCGGUAUAUCAUAUAUAAAGACGAUAUAUUGUAGAAUAAGAAAUAAUUUUUCUGAAAAAGUUUGCUUUUUAAUAUGUAGUAAAAUUUUUAAUGUUGCAGCAGUUUUUGACUUUACAGACUUAAAGUCAUAAUUAUAUAUAUAAUAUAUUAUAUAUAUAUAUAUCUUUAUGACAUUGUUAAUAAAGAACAAUGUGCCAGGACAGUUUUGAUAUAUCAAUACGAAAAAAAAGCACAAACAGUAAAUGUCCUUUCCUAUAUUGGAAUUAUAUUUGCAGCUAACAAAAAGAACUAAUAAAUCAACUAAUGAUAAGUUUUAAUGUAA